AUGUCGUCCACCGUCUUUCCUCCCCGCGCGCCGCUUCCGAGCCCUGACCAGCAGGCCGCUGGGAUCGAAGCUUGCCUCAGAGUGCAGCGUCUUGCCACGGCCCAGGGCAAGCGACCCUUCGCUGGCGCUCUCAUCGGGCCUGACAACGAGACCUUGCUGCUCACCCACUGUUCCCUCAGCCACGUCGACCAUGCCGAAUCAAGUCUGGCGCGUCUGGCUGCUCUGCACUACCCCCAGGACUUUCUUUGGAAGUGUACGCUCUACUCCACCUGGGAGCCUUGCGCAAUGUGCACAGGCACCAUCUAUUGGGCCAACAUCGGGAGAAUCGUCUAUGCCGCCACCAACGACCAGCUUGCCGAACUGACCGGAAAGGGCAACCGCGAGAAUUACACCAUGAAAUGGCAUUGUCGCGACAUCCUCGAGGGCAGCCAGAAGGAUAUCCAGGUCCUGGGACCCCUGGAGGGACUGGACAAGACGGUCGUGGAGGAAAGCGACGCGUAUUGGAAGCCACUCAGGGAGAAGUCUCAUGCCACCCAAGACAAUCUUUGA